GGGUGGCGGGAGGCUAAGGGGCGAGGGCUCGCUCGAGCGCUGCGGGGUCGCUUUAGCGCGGCGGCCUCGCCAGGGCUCGGCGCAGCCAUGGAGAGCGGAGGGCGGCCCUCGCUGGGUCAGUUCAUCCUCCUGGGCACCAGCUCUGUGGUCACCGCCUUCCUGUACUCCGUGUACCGGCAGAAGGCCCAGGUCGCCCAGGAGCUCAAGGGAGCUAAAAGAAUCCACUUGGGUGAAGACUUAAAGAGUAUUCUUUCAGAAGCUCCAGGGAAGUGUGUGCCUUAUGCUGUUAUUGAAGGAGCUGUUCGAUCUGUUAAAGAAACGCUUAACAGCCAGUUUGUGGAAAAUUGCAAGGGGGUGAUUCAGCGGCUGACGCUUCAGGAGCACAAGAUGGUGUGGAACCGGACAACCCACCUCUGGAACGACUGUUCCAAGAUCAUUCACCAGAGGACCAACACGGUGCCCUUUGACCUGGUGCCCCACGAGGACGGCGCGGGCGUGGCUGUGCGCGUGCUGAAGCCCCUGGACGCGGUGGACCUGGGCCUGGAGACGGUGUACGAGAGGUUCCACCCCUCCACGCCGUCCUUCACCGACGUCGUUGGCCACUACCUCAGUGGGGAGCGGCCCAAGGGCAUUCAGGAGACGGAGGAGAUGCUGAAGGUGGGGGCGCCGCUCACGGGGGUGGGCGAGCUGGUGCUGGACCACAGCUGCGUGCGCCUGCAGCCCCCCAAGGGGCCGGGCAUGCAGUACUACCUGAGCGGCCAGGACUUCGACAGCCUGCUGCAGCGGCAGGAGUCCAGCGUCCGACUCUGGAAGGUCCUGGUUCUGGUCUUCGGCUUCGCCGCCUGCGCCAGUCUCUUCUUCCUCCUCCGGAAGCAGUACCUGCGGCGGCGGCGCGAGCGGCGGCGGCCAGAGGAGGAGUUCCGGGAGCGCACCUGUCCCGAGGAGGACCGUCCCGAGGAGGACCGAGAGGGCCCGAAGGGCGCCUGCGUCGUGUGCCUGAGCAACUUCCGGUCGUGCGUCUUCCUGGAGUGCGGCCACGUGUGCGCCUGCACUGAGUGCUACCGCGCGCUGCCCGAGCCCCGGCGGUGCCCGAUCUGCAGGCAGGAGAUCAGCCGGGUGGUGCGCUUGUACAACAGCUAAGGCAGGGUGUGGGGGGACCCUGCCCCGCUUAUGGGGUGUUUAUCAUCUCUGGGCCCUUACAAGAGUAGUGACGGGGCCGCCACCAGCCGGCCCCGUGGAAGGCCGCCUUUGUCCAGUGUGAGGGUGGCCUUUGCCAGCCUGGAGCACAGGCGCACAACCCCAUGCCCCGCCCUGGCACGGGUGGCGGGGGUGCCGUGUCCCUUCCCUGGAGCCAGGUGAGCCCGUGUGUGGCUGAGAAGAGCUCACCGCCCAAGCGCCAAAGUCCGUGGCCUCCAGCUUUUCUGUCCCUGUCUUCUCCCCACUCCCCCUCUCUCCCCCCAGGUGUGGGUCCCUGUGGACCAGAGCCUGAAAGACUGGCCAGAGGGGAGAGCAGAGUUGCCUUGAGGAGCCGCCUGAGAGCAGGCUGUGGGGCAGUCUUCCUCCCCCUUGCUUACCCCGCAACUCCCCGGGAAGAGUCUCCAGGCUGGUCGUGUCCCUUACCUGCCGGCUUCCCACGUAUGCGCACGUGGAUCAGCAUAAAAGGCAGUGAAUGCAGCGGCUGCCCUCUGCCUAACAGGCCGGGACUCUGGUCGGAGAAGGGAGGCAGGUUGCUGGCAGGGCCACUUGGGAUGGUGCCCAUUCAUUGUUCCCCCGUCACGGUGCAGACAGGGCUGCUUAGCUGCAGCCUUCCUGGGGCCGCAGGACCUAAAGAGGGCGCUGGGAGCACGCAGUCCGCCCUGACUUGGAACUCAGAGGCCCGAACCGGCUGAGGGCUGGCUCUGGUUUUCUCUGCCCAGGCUGAGCUGGAAAGGUCUUAGCCCCAAAGGAAGCAAUAAGGAUGCUGCUAUCCCGGCCUGCAGUUUUCUCAGCUUCUCACGGAGGCUCCCACCAAGGAAAAGUAGCAGCCAGCAUCUUGAGCCUGGGGCCUUGUCCAGGCUAGCCCUAACCCCGCCACUGAAGAGCUCACACCCCAGGGGCGUCAUCACACCACCCCUUCACCCCUCCCCGUCCCACUUGAGUUUGUGAGUGAGACAAGCGGGCUAGCCCCUCGCACUGCCUGUCAAGUGUCCAGGGUCACUAAAGUCACAUGCACAGCACUUUCUUCUCUCCCUUCCCUGGCUCUGAGCAUCCAUGCCCUCAUUGCCCUUCGUGCAGGGGAAGGGGGUAUGCUCUCGGGGGCUGACACCAGCUGUAUGCAGUGUCCAGUGUGGACAGCACUAAUAAAACUCCUUCUCACCGAGUGUGAGCAGGUUGCUGUGAA